GUUUCCAGUUGCCUGCUGUAGUAGCUUUAUUGACGUUAAGAUCUCCUCUUGUUACUGUUGUUGCUGGCACUUGGUUUGUUGGUGAGGUCCAGCACAGCAGAUACGUCACACAUGAGCUGAACUGUGGUGCUGAUUUGUGUGCGAGUGUGUGAGUAUGUUGUGGGGAGUGUAGCUAGCAAGAUAACACACGGUUGGGACUGAAGAGCGCUCUUGGGCAAAACCUCACCAUGUUUUUGGUGCAGUUCACAGGUCUCAACCAGCUGCCCUUCGACUCUGGCAACAGUAAACCCCUUCCAUUCAAUAGCAGGCCUGAUGUAGCUGAAAAUGGCGGUGAGGCAAGCCAGAAGAGAAAGAGGAUAAAUAUGCCUCCAGAUGGCCUCCAGACUCUGAGCCUCGAGUCUCCUCCAAUGGAUUUGGGCAUGUCUGACCCGACAGCAUGGGCCACUGCUAUGAAUAACUUGGGGAUGGCGCCAAUGGGAAUGACCGGAGAUCCUCUUUUGCCUGACUUUGACCCUGCCCUUGGAAUGAUGACAGGGAUUCCGCCGAUCAAUCCCAUGAUGCCCGGCUUGGGAAUAGUGCCACCGCCAAUCCCGUCAGACAUGCCGGUGGUUAAGGAGAUAAUUCAUUGCAAAAGCUGCACACUUUUCCCACCUAACCCAAAUCUCCCCCGUCCCACUACGAGGGAAAGACCUCCAGGAUGCAAGACGGUAUUCGUGGGAGGGCUGCCAGAAAAUGGGACAGAAGAGACCAUUGUGGAGAUCUUUGAGCAGUGCGGAGAGAUCAUCGCCCUCAGGAAGAGUAAAAAGCAUUUCUGCCACAUCCGUUUUACGGAGGAGUACAUGGUGGAUAAGGCGAUUUAUUUGUCUGGGUAUCGCAUCAGGCUGGGCUCCAGCACGGAUAAAAAGGACACGGGGCGCCUCCACGUGGAUUUCGCUCAAGCCCGGGACGACCUCUACGAGUGGGAAUGCAAGCAGCGGAUGCUGGCCCGGGAGGAGCGCCACCGCCGAAGGGUGGCGGAAGAGCGGUUCCACCCUCCCUCCCCGCCCCCCGUCGUCCACUAUUCAGAUCACGAGUGCAGCAUGGUGGCUGACAAGCUGAAAGACGAUUCCAAGUUUUUGGAAGCAGUGCAGACGUUGCUGACCUGGAUCGAGCGUGGAGAAGUGAACAGGCGGAGCGCGAACAGCUUUUACUCCAUGAUCCAGUCGGUCAAUAGCCACACCCGCCGGCUGAUGAAUGAGAAAGCGGUCCACGAAAAGGAAAUGGAGGAAGCAAAGGAGAAGUUCAUGCUUGCCUUGUCGGGGAUUCUCGCACAGUUCGAGCAGAUAGUGGCCGUGUACCAUUCUGCAUCCAAACAAAAGGCUUGGGACCAUUUCACGAAAGCGCAACGUAAGAACAUCAGCGUGUGGUGCAAGCAAGCUGAGGAAAUCCGCAACAUUCACAAUGAUGAGCUGAUGGGCAUCCGACGAGAAGAGGAGAUGGAAAUGUCCGACGACGACACAGAGCCACCAGAGAUCAAAGAGACAGAAGAGUCAGCUUUACUUUCCCAAACAGAAUCUCUGAAGGAGGAAAACGACAGCUUGCGGUGUCAGCUGGAUGCCUACAGGAACGAGGUGGAGCUCUUAAAACAAGAGCAGGGCAAAGCAGGCCGGGAUGAAGACCCAAGCAAAGAUCAGCAGUUGGUGCUGCUCCAGCAGGCUUUGCAAGGCAUGCAGCAGCAUCUUCUGAAGCUACAAGACGAAUGUGAAAGAAGAGAAGCUGAACUUGAAAAGAAAAAGGAAGAGAAAGUACAACUAGACAAAGCACUUGAAAGCCUAAAAGAAAAGCAAGAGCUGAUAACUGCACCAGACUGGGGGAAAGACUCCACUGAUCAAGAACAUGCCAACAGCUUGUCGCCGAUCUGCUCGGUGAACCAGGAGAAGGAGAGCAGGCUUGAGAGAGGACUCCGCAGCAGCCCCAUCAAAUCGGAGAGGGAAGCUUUGCUAGUGGGGAUCAUCUCCACCUUCCUGCAUGUUCACCCCUUUGGAGCAAACAUUGAGUACAUCUGUUCCUACCUCCAGCGCCUUGAUAGUAAGAUUUGCGCUAGUGAAGUGGAAUCCCUCAUGAUGCGACUCCAGCACACUUUCAAGCAGGAGAUGAGUGGGGUCGGAGCAAGCCUGGAAAAACGGUGGAAGUUCUGCGGCUUCGAGGGACUGAAGACAGCCACGUGAACUUGAAGGAAGUGGCGCUUUGGACACUGGCAACUAUCUAGGAUCUGCAGGUUGCAGAAGAAUAAAUAAAAGGAGAAGCCUGCAUUCUGCACAGCUAUGGAUUUUCCUCUGGCACAGCCGGUGGCUCACCUUGCAGUCCUCAAACAGGAUCAAGAAAUUUGGGGGGCCAAUCUUAAGGGCUGUAAUAUUCCUGUUGUCUUUGUUUGUUUAGAGUUUGUUUUUUGGUAACAAACUGAGCGCUUUUGCAAAGGACAGGCUGGCAUGUUCUAGGGUUGAUCCUAACACUGCUAUUUGGAACUUUGAUACUUUUUACGACUACUGUUGUCUAAAAACAUUUUAAUAGCUUGUUUGUACAUGGCAUCUUCCAGCCUCAGUUAACCCUCAAAAUGUUUUUACUUUUGAGAGCAGCUCUAAAAUAAAACAUUGAGUAACCACACAAGAAA